AUGGGUGACAAACCCAACCCCCCAAAACCACAGACUCUCCACCUGGCUUACACCGUCACAAACAUCAAAAACAUGAUUCCUCCUCUUGACGGUACCGAUGUCACAUACCCCACGUGGGUAAAACUAUUCAAGCUCCACGCCGUCGGGUACGAUGUGCUUAAUCACAUCGACGGUUCGCCGACACCCGACAAAACCUCCGCCGACUACCCUUCAUGGAAGAAGAUUGAUGCGGUUGUUCUACAGUGGAUUUACGGGACCCUCAACAAGGAGUUUCUCGUAAGGGUCCUUGAAGAUGAGUCCACGACAUUUGAAGCCUGGAAAAGGGUCAAAAACUUAUUCUUAAACAACAAAGGACCCCGAGCCGCGUCUCUCCAGCACGAACUCACGAACAUAACACUCACAUCCAUGCCGAGUCUUGAAGCCUGCUGCCAACGUAUUCGCGAACUCGUGGAUCAACUUACUGCUGUCGACUGCCCCGUCAAUAAUACCCAGCGAAUCUUGCACCUCGUUAACGGCUUACCCCGUGAGUAUGAUACGACCGCCUCCAUCCUCAAUCAGACCCUUCCACCAUGGGAAGAGGCUGUUGAACGUCUCCAAUCUGAUGCACGGCGUAUUGCGGCGCGUGAUAAACUCACCCCUACCCCACCAGUUGCCGCCACCGACACCCCGGUCAUUGCUGCUGCCAUGUCUAAUAAUUCCAGCCGAGAAAACCCCACCAACAACCACUCUGCCCAGCCCAAUAACCGCAACCGUUCCAAUCGGAACACAAACCGGCCCAACAGAAAUGCAUAA